GGGAACAGCGCCGGCUCGCGCCCGGUCCUGACUGUAGCCCAAAGAAGGCCACAGAGACGGCGGGGCGGGGCCUGAGCCCAUCUGCCCGCGGCGCAGGCCGGUGACGCACUGCGCAGGCGCCAGGCGGGUCAGUUUGCGCCCGGAUGGAGCGGGAGCGGUUGGUUCGGAAGGUGACGGCGCUGCAGGUGCGGGGCGGGCGGCUUGCCUAGUCAUUUCCCCCGACGGCUUCUCGGACUGGGUGGGACCUUUGGACCAGAUGAGGCUCUCACGUCUAGUAACCUGCCCACGUGCCCACUUCCGAAGCUACCGACUCACCCCACCGGCCUAAAGAAUGUGGGGACCCUACGGAUCCUCACGCGUCCGCCCCCACCCCCCGCCCCGCACCGCCGCCACAAGCUCUUACGGGAUCAGGGAAAGGGUGGGAAGGGCCUUCAGUCGAAGAACUGUGCUGGAUCCAAUCCAGCACACUCCCUCGAACCCCCGGAGCCCCAACGCACAGCGUCACCUGUCCUUUCCCCGAGCCCGGUACCCUAUUGCAGUCACGCGGAUGACCUCUCCAGGAGCGUUCCCCAAGAUAUCCCCAUGUUGCAGUGAUAAGGGUUUUCUCCCCCCUCGUUCUCCACACCAGGCCUGCAUCCGGGGCUUCUUGGUCCGACGCCAGUUCCAGAGUCUUCGAGGUGAAUAUGAGGCUAUUGUACGAGAGAUCGAGGGUGAUCUGGGCACGCUUCAGUGGACUGAGGGCUGGAUUCCCAGGCCCCGAUUUCUGCCAAAGAAGGCAAAAUCCCGUCAGACCUGGAAAGCCGGCGGAGAGAGGGCACCAAAUCCAGAGCAGGAACUAUGGAGCCACUUCCCAUGUAAAGAGACUGAGAAAGAGACCAUCUGGGAGGAGGUGAUACUGAAGAAGUCAGGAGAGAGCUUCACAAACUCCAGCAGCCUUCCCUGCAGAGAUGCCAGCGCCUGGCUUCAGGAUGAGCAGAGCAGGAGGACCAGGAAACCGAGCCAAGAGACCAGAGACGUGUCAAGGAUGGAAAACCCAGAAGCUGCAGGUCCAGGACUGUCCCACAGCCAGACUGAGCUCCAGGAGCUCCAGAACCAGCGCAGCCACUUGGCCAUGGAGCUACUGUGGCUACAACAGGCCAUCAAUAGCCGCAAGGAGUACCUAGUUCUCAAACAAACACUGAGAUCCUCAGAAGUGGACCAGAACAGACAUGAGCCCAGCUUGUGCCAAGAUCAUGGGGAACAGAGCUGUGAAAAAGCUGGAUCACAACCAGGCCCACCACUGGAAGACCAGUCCUACAGAGGCAGGACCCCUGGAGAGCCAGGCCAUGUGGAUGCCUCCUGCUGGAAGCUCAGAUCACAACCCCACAAAUUCUCAGAAAGACUGGCCACUCCAGAUAAAACCACUGCUGGGGCCAAGUACAGGGACCCAUGCUACAGACGGCCUGGACCACACCUGCCCACACCACCAGAAUGCCAGGCCACAGGGAAGAGGCUCACCAAAGAGCCGGACUGUGGAGAAGAGAUCUCUGGAGAGGCCUGCCUGCAGCUGACAACACUUCUAGAGGAUGAAAACCACAAAGAGCUCACAUCUAAGGGCUCCUGUCCUGGAAAGGCCAGGACACAGCUGCCCACACUCCGUGAGGACCCAAACACUGAAGACAACUCUCCCAGGGGACCAUGCCAAAAAGAGCCUGAUUGGCAAAGAGCUGUGCCACGAGAGUUGGGCGUCUCAGAGGACCAUGUCAGCUGGGAUGGGUCUUUGGCAGAGCAUGGUGGCCUGGAUCUCUGGAAGAAUAAACCACCCAAGGGCCAGGCCCCCAGUGAUAAAAGCUCCAUAGAUAGACCCUCCAGUGAAUCUAGCCAUGAAGGAUGGCAAAACCAAAGGACUAUACCAUGGAGCUCGAGGCCACCUGAGAAACUGUCCACAGGAUCAGACCACAUAGGAGAGGAUCACUGGAGGGGCAGGCAGUGGAAAACAGGACCAGCAGGCUAGACCCUGGGGAACCAGGGAGGACCAGGUUCCAAAGGGGGAUGCUAUGAAAGGGCAGUGAGGGAGACAGACCUCAUCCUAGCUCCCUGGUCCCAAUUGUACCCCCUGCCCCUGGGUAUUGGUGGCUAAUGAGGCCAAGAGAAGCUGGAGCACAGAGCUGGCACCAGUAGAGGGAGAAGGUAGGAGGCUACUUUCAUCCUCUGCCGGUGGCUCAACCCACAUUUUGGAAUAGGGAGCCACCUGGGGCAAGUCAAGUUGGAUAAAGGUUGAGAAUAAAUAAAGAUGGAGAAUAAAGGUUUUCGUUAGAUUCUGA